AUGGGCACCCCAGAAUGGGGCGCUGAUGCCGGUGGCGGUCCGCCAUCUCCAGAGGGCUCGGAGCUUGGCGGAGCCGCUACAGGUCGUGGAGGCAACAGUCCACCACAGCGAGCUUUGAUGACCAGCCCGCGAGGUAUGAGAGGCCGAGGAGGCCCUGGGCGGCGCACAUCAGAAACAAAUGACUUGCUGGAAGAGGCUCCGGAGAUGGAGCAGUACAGCAAAGAGAACUUACCUCCGGCUGCAGAGCACGAGGUUGAGUUCAUAGUACCGCAUGCCGCCUCUUUUCCGAGUGGUGAAAAAGUGCGAUCGCCACCGCUGAUGGUGCGAAAUUUCAGAUUUAGGAUACUGUGCUUUCCAUCCGGAACUUCGAGUGCGGGUGGAACUGCGGUCAGUGCAUUUGUGGAGGCCGAUCCUCCGGAAGGACUUGAUCCGCGGUGGAUUUUCCAAGGUGUCAAAUACCAGGUCGCACUCGUGAACUGGCUUGACUAUCGCAGAAGUGUGGUCAAGAGCGACACGUGGAGUUUCUCCAAGGAUGGAAUUGAUAGAGGUUGGCACGACAUGGUGAGGACGUCUGAGUUGUCUCAGGACACCGGCUGGUUAGGCCCACGUGACAGCCUUUGCUUCCGAGCAUGCGUUUGUGUUCGACAGGCUGACAGUGUCCAAGCUGGUCAAGACUUCAACUGUAGGAAGGAAACCGGAUACGUCGGCCUGAUGAACCACGGCGCAACGUGCUACAUGAACGGUUUGCUGCAAAGCCUCUUCCAUGCCGGAGAGUUCAGGCGAAUCGUUUACUCCAUCGAAUGCGAGAAGGAGGAGAAGGAAGAUGCGCCGAUGGAGAAAGCAGGCGACACCGAUGCAGAAGGAGAUGUCUCCCUGAUCCAGGCCUUGCAGAAUGUCUUCUACAGACUGCAGACUUCCGAGCAGGCUGUCAACUGCAAGGAGUUGAUGAAGUCCUUUGGUUGGGACACCACAGAUGCAUUCACCCAGCACGAUGCGCAGGAGCUGAACAGGAUCUUGUGUGAUCGACUGGAGGAACAGAUGAAAGGCACUCCAAUGGAUGGCUCCAUCAAGAGGCUCUUCGAAGGCGAGAUGGAAAACUACAUCGAGUGCCUCGAUGUCGACUACACCUCCAAACGCCGCGAAACGUUUUAUGACAUUCAAUUGAACAUCAAGAGCGAGAAGGGAAACGACCUCCAGACAAUAGAGGAGUCCAUGAAAGAGUUCACUGCGGAUGAGAUGCUUGACGGUGACAACCUUUAUGAGGCUGAAGGCUAUGGAAAGCAGCGUGCAAAGAAGGGCAUCCGGUUUGUGCAGUUCCCACCGGUCCUGAACCUGCAGCUGAAGCGCUUCCACUUUGACAUGGAACGCAUGGACAUGGUCAAACUCAACAGUCGUUUCGAGUUCCCACGACGCCUCGAUCUCUCGCAGUUUGCGCCUGGCGCUGGGCAUUAUCUGCUGCACUCCGUCGUUGUCCACAGUGGUGAUGUCAACAGCGGUCACUACUACGCCUACAUCCGGCCGAACUUGGACGAGCGAUGGGUGAAGUUUGAUGACGACAACGUUACGCCGUGCAGCGAUUUUGCUGCGGUCGAAGACAACUUCGGGGGCAGCGACCCCAAUGCCUUCAAUUACUUCGAUCGAAGCCCAUCUGAGCUCAAGAGCUUGCAAUGGCCGAGCCGUCCCCGGAUCCACAACGCGUACAUCCUUGUCUACAUCCGCGAGGACUGUGCAGAGGAUGUCUUGCGCAUCCCCGAUCCAAUGCAGGUGAACAGCCGGAUGGUGGAAAGAUGUAAUGCCGAGGUACGACUGCAAGAGCAGCGACGGCGUGAGAAGCUGGAGCUGCAGACAAAGAUCAGGAUAAAUCUCAUCUUCGAGAAUGAUUUGUGUUCAAUGACCGGCUUCUGGGACUACACCAGCAUUCCAACGGGGCAGUCCUUCAAAAUGAACCGGGAUCAGUUUGUCAAGGACCUGCUCUCGCAUGCAGAAGAGAUUCUCCAGGUGAAUGCGAAUCAUCUGGCUCUUUUUGCUCUUCACCUCCGGUCGAACCCACGACAGGUGAGGUUCGAGUUCAUGCCGCAUUUCAAGACCCUCAGGACGCAGAUACCGCCCGUCACCUCGCCUCAUUACGACUCGCAAGAUCCUUGCAUCACAGUUCUUUGUGUGGCUGCAAGAGGCCACAAUGUUGGUCCACCUCCGCUGAGGUGGCAAAACGAGUCUGCGGAGCCUGAGGAGCUGAUAAGGUGGGACGAUCAACAAGUGAUUAUGCUUGUGGUGAAGUAUUUCUGCAUCCAAAGACGAAAGCUUGUCACUUUGGGCUGCUUCUACAUGCCGAUGAACGACCCUCUGAUCAGCAUGGUCAAGAGCAACUGGGUGACUGAGAGGUUACAGCGUUUUUUGGACAGUCAGGAGGUGGCGCCACUUCCACCCCAAUUGCAAUCGGCUGGAGAGGAUGGCACAAAGCUAGAAACAGCAUGGGAAUGCUGGGAAGAAUACACGGAGCGUGACAUACAAAGAAGAAGUGCCAAGAAGUCGGCCAAGAUGGAGCGGUUCAUGUGUGGUGACAUCAUCGUCUGGCAGCAAGCUUCGCCCUCUGCACCACCGGAGGUGGCCGGCGAGGAAAGUCCAUUGCAGCCAGGGCAGGUGGCGCCCACGUACCCGGUCAACAACGUCUUUGAUUUGCUUGAACACCAGCUGAACUCCAUUGAAGUGCAAGUGACGCUGGUCGAUCGCAAGCAGCCUCUUUGCAUCGAUGGCGUCGUCAUGAACGGCCAUUGGGGGGCAUAUCGGCCUGCAACGGCGCAGGUUCAGGAGGGAGUCCGGGAGGAGAAGCCAGAGGACAUCGCUCUUUCCAAAAGUCCAGCGAGCUUCGCGACUGCCGUGACCAAGGAGCUCCAGAUGGAUCUGCGAUGGACCCAAAGCCACGUGACAGGAAUCAUUGCACAAGCCUUUGACCUGAAGUCAGUCAUGACGCCAGCGUCGACUUCUUCCCCGGACCAUGAGACCUUCUUGUGGCUUUUCCAGUCCUCGCCAUCGAAUGGAGAGGAGCCGAUUAGCACGAGCAUACAUGCUCGAUCCACGCUGAAGGACAUUCAGCGGUAUGCUCCAUAUGUGUCACCAGCAGGAGGCAAGAAACCGCUGAACCUCCAUGCGGUCGAGAUGCCGUAUCGCGCAGGAGCUGAUGGUUUAGAUUCCAACUUGUGGGCCUUCGGCGUGCGGUUUUUCGACUCUGCGGUCCGAGAGGUUGGCAGCGCGAUUUGUUAUGUGAAUCCUGGCAGUGGCACAGUGGAGGACUUGCUAAGAGCAGCCGAGCCCCACAUCGAGCCUGACUGGAAGAUUUCUGGUCCGCUACGUGCAAUGGAGGUCAUCGACGGCAUGGCAACUCUCUGGAGGCCCACAGAACCUCUGCGCAGUCUUCAUUGCUACGGAAAGUACAACGUGCUUUACCACGCAGUGCGCAUCGAGGCAGAUCCUGACACGGCCUCGAUGUCGCCGGACGACAGACUCAUUGAGGUGUACCACUGUGACCGUUCAAGCCAACAGGCUUUUGGUCAACCUUUGUUCCUUCCGGCCGCACCUGGCGAGAAAGCAGGCACCUUCAAGAAUCGAUGUAAGGAGCGACUUGGAGUGCCAGAGAACGAGUUCAAGACCUGGAGGUUGGUCCGGACUGGGCAGAGGGCGGGGCGGCAGCAUCUGAAAGAUGACGACCCGCUGGAUUCAGAGUCCGGGCUCGACAACAGGAUUUGCCUUGAGCACGUGCACCCGAAUCCUAGUUACGCCAGAACAUCAAGGUACAACAAGCCUCUGACAAUCAAGUGA